UUUUUUUUUUCUUUUAAAUUGAUUCUUACCCCUCUCCUCCCUUUUUAUUUUGUAUUAUGUUGAAAAAUACUUAUUCUCUUGCUAGAAGAUCUAGAUGGACAACAACAACAACUACCACACUGAUACGAGCACAUAUUUCUACCACAACAAAACGUCUCGGUCCUGUUUCCUUACAACACCAACCAUCAUUUACUACACCUUUAUAUAAAUCCUGGGUAUUUGGUUCUGGGUUGGCUUUAGCUCUUGGUGGAUUAACUUUGGCCACAAUGAAUGAGAAGAUUUAUGCUCUAGAAGCUACUCCAAACGGUGAUCAAAUAUGCCAAGCUAUUAUACAAAAUGACUUUCGAACUCUGAGAAAGUUAGCCGAGGACCCUAAUUUUACUCCCAAUGUAUAUCAUCGUUGCGGUUGGACCCCUUUGCAAGUUGCAGUGAUUCAAGACAAUGAAACCAUGGUCAAGUUUUUAUUAGAAAAGGGUGCAGAUCCAAAUCUUGAAGAUCAUUAUUAUCCUCGAUCUCAUCAAGCAGCCAAUAUACGUCAAUCUGAUUUCUCUGCUGAUUUGAUGCCUUAUCGCGACUAUCGUGAUUAUACUGCUCUUCAUUAUGCUGCCAUCAUUUGUAAUCCUACCGUAGUAGCUCUCUUAUUAGAACAUAUGGCUGAUCCUCUUGUACGCAACUCAAAUGGUCUCACUCCAAGGGAAUAUCUUUAUCAUGUAGAACGAUUUACUGGUGAAAGUAAUAUUGAAAUAGAUGACAUGUUACGAGCCAAGGAACAAAGUUUUGCAGUAGAUAAGGAAAUGUAUGAAGAACGACAACGCAAAGAAUUAGCUAAACAAGAAAAAGAAUAUAGGAAGAAACACCCAUUAGAAGAUGCUCUCAGAGAUCGAAUUGUUGGUCAAUUAGGUCCCAUCCAUGCAUUAGCAAGUGCUAUUCGUAGAAAACAAAAUGGUUGGCAAGAUGAUGAUCAUCCAUUAGUAUUCUUGUUUUGUGGAUCCUCAGGUGUUGGGAAAACUGAAUUAGCAAAAACUUUGGCUAAUUAUUUACAUGGAAAGAACAUGGAUAAAGGUUUUAUUCGCAUUGAUAUGAGUGAAUUCCAACACAAGCAUGAUGUAUCAAGAUUUAUAGGAUCUCCUCCUGGUUAUGUUGGUUAUGACGAAGGUGGACAACUCACGGAAAAACUCAAAGAAUGUCCCAAUGCUGUUGUGCUAUUAGAUGAAGUAGAAAAGGCACAUCCUGAUGUAUUGACAGUCAUGCUUCAACUUUUCGACGAAGGACGUAUUACAGAUGGGAAGGGAACGACAGUAGAAUGCACAGAUGCAAUCUUUAUCAUGACAUCCAACUUGGCGCAACAUGAAAUUGCCGAUGAAGCAGAAUUGUUACGAUUAGAAGCUUCGGUGACUUCAGAUGCUCAAUCAACAGGUGUUGCAUCUACAACCAAUAAUAUUGUCAAUAACACUAACAAUCAUGGAGAAGAAUUGAUUGGCAAUGACGAAGACGAUGGACAAAUCUCAUUAUCAAGACAAUUUAUCGAAAAGACGAUCUAUCCAAUUUUAUAUCAACAUUUUCGACGGGAUGAAUUCUUGGGCCGGAUCAACGAAGUACUUUUCUUCCUACCAUUCAGUGAAGACGAAUUAAGGGACAUCACUCAAAGGGAACUUUCAAAAUGGGCGGACAAGGCCAAGUCUCGACAUGGCAUCACAAUGACAUGGGAUUCGGACGUGGUGGAUCAUCUGGCUCGAGGUUACAAUAUUCGAUACGGCGCACGCAGCAUCAAAUACGAAGUGGAACGUAAAGUGGUCAAUCUUAUUGCCAAAGCCAAUGAAAAUGAUGAAGUCAUCGAUGGUGGAAAAGUUCAUGUUGUCAUUGAUAAAAUCCCUGGCAAGAAACGACGUCUAUGCAAACUAGAAAUUCAACAAAAAUCGGGUGAUGAUCGAAAAUCUUCUGGUACUGGUUGGUUUGGUAGCAAGAAAUAGCCAUAGUUUUUUUUUUUUUUUUUUGACAACAAUCCUUUUUAUUUAUUUAUUAUAACACAGACUCCAAUAAAUGUUUUUUAUUAUCAUUA